AUGUUCAGGGUGCACAGAAUUUCUGGAAGAAAAUGCACCCUUUGCAUAGCAAGUGUAGUAGCCCUUUGCAUUUAAGUCAAAUUAAUUUGAGAGGUUUUUCUAUGUUCAGAAGUCUUAACCCUGUUUAACUGCACUUAAAUUAUUAGGGAAACUGAAUUUCACAUUUGACUAUGAGCUUCUAUGACAUAUUAAAUGUAGAUUUACCACUAAAUGGAAGUGACUUAAUGAAACAAUUGCUUCUAUUUGUAAAUUCUUGUUCUUUACAGGAUUUGAGCACAAAGGUAGAAAUAUUUUUAACUUGCAAAUCUCUUUAACUUUGGAGUGUGAAUAUUCAUGAGGGGGGGAGUUUAUAAAUAUUGGUGAUGAAAUGCAUCACUUUUGCCUGUGAAAUAGAACAUCAGGAAGGGUGGCAUUCUCUGUUGUGGAAGAUGUGUUCAGCUUCCUUGGCAUAAGCUGCUUCACAGGUAAGAGCUGUAACAAAUUUUGGGCUGCUCUGAGUAAAAGGAACUUCUAUUUGACCUUGUCUUCUUCAAUCUCCAGGCAAAACAAUAGAUGUCUUCAGAUCUAAGCCAGUUCUUUAGAAGAGGCUUCUUCCCGUGUGUCCUUUUCUUCCCUGACAAGAAGCUGAAACAGCCAGUGUGUGUGGAGCCAUAAUGCACUGCAGGUGACUGCAAUAGGAGACAUACUCAGAACACUCUAGAGAUCUCAAGUGUGGGCUUCUAGGUGGAAAGGUGUAAUAAAGAACUGUUUGCUCUGUCUUUUGGCAUCAACCUGACAAUGAUGGUGUACUUGCAUUGGAAGUAGAUGGAAUUUCAGAAAUCCUCCUGUCAUGGAAAGACAGAGCUGCAUAGGAACCAGGAAAUAAAAUAAUGCUAACGAGACAACCGCAUCCCUGAAGUUCAGGUUUUCAGGCUCGCUGCCAUUAUGGAUGAGCAGCAAGCUUUGAAUUCAAUCAUGCAGGAUUUGGCUGUGCUUCAUAAGGCCAGUCGUCCUGCACUGCCCCAGCAAGAAACAGGAAAACCAAAGUCAUCUUCACCUAAAAAACAGAAUGAUGUUAGAGUCAAAUUUGAACAUCGAGGUGAAAAAAGGAUACUCCAAUUACCCAGGCCUGUCAAACUUGAAGAUCUUGUAGCUAAAGCUAAGGUUGCGUUUGGACAGACUAUGGAUUUACAUUACUGCAAUAAUGAGCUUGUAAUUCCAUUAACCACACAGGAUGACCUGGACAAAGCUGUUGAACUGCUUGACCGUAGUGUUCAUAUGAAGAGUCUCAAGAUAUUGCUUGUAAUACAUGGAAAUACACAGUCACCCAGUGUAAAUAAUGUGGAACCCCUACCCUCACUGGAAGAUUUAGAUAAUACAGUGUUUGGUGUGACAGAAAGAAAAAGGAGGCUUUCUGUAUUAGGUUCUAAUAAUCGUGACAGAAGUUCACCUCCCCCAGGAUACAUUCCAGAUGAGCUGCAUCAGGUGGCUCGAAAUGGGUCGUUCACCAGUAUCAACAGUGAGGGUGAAUUCAUUCCAGAAAGCAUGGAUCAGAUGCUGGAUCCACUGUCUUUGAGCAGUCCUGAAAAUUCUGGCUCAGGAAGCUGUCCCUCACUUGACAGCCCUUUAGAUGGAGACAACUAUCCCAAAUCUCGGAUGCCGAGAGCACAGAGCUAUCCAGAUAAUCAUCAGGAAUUCUCAGUAGAUUAUGAUAUCCCAAUAUUUGAGAAGUUUGGAAAGGGGGGAACUUAUCCCCGCAGAUACCAUAUUUCAUAUCAUCAGCAGGAUUACAAUGAUGGUCGUAAAACCUUUCCAAGAGCCAGGAGGACGCAGGGGAACAGCUUCCGGUCACCCGUUAGUUUCAGUCCCACUGAUCACUCGCUGAGCACCAGCAGUGGGAGCAGUGUCUUCACACCAGAGUACGAGGAUAACAGGAUGAGGAGGAGGGGGAGCGACAUUGACAAUCCUACCUUGACAGUCAUGGACAUCAGCCCACCCAGUCGCUCACCACGAGCUCCAACUAAUUGGAGACUUGGCAAACUGCUGGGUCAAGGUGCAUUUGGCAGAGUGUAUCUGUGUUACGAUGCUGAUACCGGAAGAGAACUGGCUGUUAAACAAGUGCAGUUUGAUCCUGAUAGUCCAGAAACUAGCAAGGAAGUAAACGCUCUUGAAUGCGAGAUUCAGUUGCUGAAAAAUCUGCUGCAUGAGAGGAUCGUUCAGUAUUACGGCUUCUUGAGGGACCCGCCUGAAAGAACACUCUCUAUAUUCAUGGAAUACAUGCCAGGGGGGUCCAUCAAAGACCAAUUAAAAUCAUAUGGAGCACUCACAGAGAACGUGACUCGCAAAUACACACGGCAGAUCCUAGAAGGAGUUCUCUAUUUGCACACAAACAUGAUCGUCCAUCGAGACAUUAAAGGAGCAAAUAUUCUGCGAGAUUCAGCAGGCAAUGUGAAGCUGGGUGACUUCGGUGCCAGCAAACGACUGCAGACCAUCUGUCUGUCUGGUACAGGAAUGAAGUCUGUCACAGGAACUCCGUACUGGAUGAGUCCAGAAGUUAUCAGUGGAGAAGGGUACGGCAGAAAAGCAGAUAUCUGGAGCGUAGGUUGUACAGUGGUAGAAAUGCUCACUGAGAAGCCCCCAUGGGCAGAAUUUGAAGCAAUGGCUGCCAUCUUUAAGAUUGCCACUCAGCCAACCAAUCCCCAGUUACCACCUCAUGUCUCAGACCAUGCUCGGGAUUUCCUGAAAAGGAUUUUUAUCGAGGCCAAGCUGCGACCAUUUGCAGAUGAACUGCUAAGACACACAUUUGCACACUAUCACUAACAGCCUGCCUCAACUCAGCUUGCGUCUGCUGCAUUUAUUUUCUAUUUGACUGCACUUUUAUUUUUUAUUUUUUACAAAAAGGAGAAAAAAGACAAGAGAGAGAACGUGUUCUCUUGAAUCUUUGUUUCACUUAGAUUGUAAACAAUCUAAAUUUUGUAACUAAAAUGAGAAUCUUCCCUUCCCUGCUCCCACCGGGACUAGAACUUCUUGUUUCUAUAAUGUACUGAUGUGGUUCAUGUAGAUAAAGCACUUUAGUACACGUUUGUUCCUUAUUUAAAGAGGGAAAAAUAAUAGAAAUGAUUGGACAGUCAGGAACUGCGUGACUUUUUUUCUGACACCGCUGACUGACUCAGGGUGCAGGGAAAAAGACACGCAGCCAGAGGACAAGAAGGUGCUCCUCUGUGAUCGUUUGUUACGUUACAGGUACUUGCAGCAGAGAGUUCUAAGUUCUUAUAUUUUAGCAAUUUAAUGAGUUUCUGCAUUGUGUAAUUUAAGUGGGAUCACGUGGUUCUGGGAGUUAAUUAUAAAGCUGGAAGAACUUGGAAUUCUUUGUACGAAAGCGUGUCUUGACUGGUACUUCUGUGUGACCAAAAAGAAAAUAACAGUAACAAAAAAGAACACUGAUGAGAUAAGUUCUAGAGCAAAAUCUCUAUCAUAUAUUCUGAACAGGAAAAGAAUUACAGGUAAACAGAUGAUGGACCCGAUCCUAGGAACUGCUGUACUGCAAGGGGAAUGUUUCCAUAAUAGAAAAGAGUCAGCUGUUGGAUGUAAAUAUUUAGGAGAAUGUCUCCUGCUGUAUCUGCCAAAGAAAAUCCUCUGUUACAUACACUUGCAGGGAGACUAUCAUGUUAGAUAAGAAAUAUUAGAGGUGUUGAGAGAGAAUUCUCCUCCAUGAUGCCGUGAAUGUCUGGGGGAAAGAGAGUGGCUGAUCCUUCUGCAGUAUGAGUUACACGAUUCAGAACGAUCCGUAGCAAACAACGCCUUCAAAGCUGUUGAGGGGCGCUAGGAUGGAAUGUAUGUCAACAUCAAGUGCCUAAAGAAUAUAAAAUCCUUCCCCUUAUGCACUGUAAGCAUUGGUUUAGUAACACAGUUCAGUCAUCUAGGAUGUGUUAAAAAUUCCUAAAAUAAAAUUGAACUUAUUUUAGCACCAGGAAUAAAUCACAGAGAAGAAAGACCCUGCUUUAUUUUUCAUAAGGUAACGAUGAUCAAGGAGGCACAGCACAAAGCUGUGUGAAGGAGAGGCCCGAAGCACAGAGCCCCAGCAAUCGAAUAGCAUGAGCGUGCUUAGUCCAGCCUGGUAACCCAGCUAUUGGUGUUCUUCAGCUUUCCAACUGUCAUGAAUUCAACAUUAAUCAACUUUUUCUUUUUCUCAAAGAAAAUAAUAAAAGAACAAAGGAGAAACUCUGAAUUGGAGCUUCUCAGUCGAGAAAUGCUGGUACUGAUCAGAGGUAGUUAGUAACUGAAUUUUAUAGCAGAAAAGUCAAACUUUCGUAUUUCUGUGGAACACAACAUAAGUAACUUAAAAAGGAAUUUGGAAAUAAACAAUUGGACUACGGAACUGAGUUAAUGUAUACUGUUUGGAUGAUUCAUUGUUUGCUUUUGCUUUAUAAAAACAGACCAGGCUGAGACUGUGACCCUUGUCCACUCUGACAGGACCGCAUUAUUGUCCCCAGGCUCUGCUCUGUUUGACAUCUUUAGGGGAAUAGAAGAAUUAUGAAGUGCAUGGAGGCAGAGUAGUAAAUUUACCCACUCUCACUCUAAUAAACUCAUGGGAGUUCUGCAAUUGUUCUGCUAACUUCCAAAUUUGGUAUGUGAGCUUAAGUAGGAAUGUGAAUCUAUCCUAGCUGCUUUGCCUGUAGAGGAGGAAGAAUGAGUUCUUGGCCGUCUCCUCCGUGGCUGAGUGGUGCUCUGUUCCAUUUAUUAGAGCUAUCCCUGACUUCAACCUUUGUCUGUCAGGGGACACAACCAUGCAAGGUUUUCCGAGUGUGGAAAGACAAUCCUGACCAGGGAAGAUUUAGAAAGCUGAAAGGAAAGUCUGCUUCUGCUGACUGACUGGAUAAAAGCUAUGAAAGCAGAUUGUGGGAAGAAUUUGUGCAUGCUCUGCUGUAAAGGACCUUUGCUUUAUAAACAACGUUUAAUGAAAGCAAUGGAGGGAGGUUUAACACAGGGCCUAGUUUAUGUAGCUAAUUUAAAGAUCAGAUAAUUGAAAUGAUUACUUUCAAGCUGAUCAGGAGGGUACCAAGACCAAGUUGAAAGUACAUGGAGAGAAAUCAGUUGUGGACAGUGAUAUCUGCAAAGGCAAGGAAACUCUGUAUUACCGACAAAGGACUUUAAAGGGAAACAACCAGGUUUACCUGUAACAUUCUGAACAUUUCAAGAUGCUCUUCUAAAAGGAAACUGCACUCUCUGAAGCUUGAAAAUUUUCAGAAUCCUCUUUUCUAAUAGAGUCCUUUUUGUGAGACAGUGCUGGCUCAUGUGUGUUGCAAUAUCACUUUCUCAUGAUCUUAAUACUGAACAAUCAAAGUCACUGCUUUUGUGCCUUGUCUAAAAGUGGCAUUCAGUCAUGACAGUGGUAAGCGUUUUGGAACCUGGAAAAAAAGAAAGAAAGAAAAAAAAAAACCGAUUUGCAGAAUGCAUUUCUCUUGAAAUAUCCAAAAACUGCUGAUGUGGAGACAGCACUUUUAAAAUGAAGAUGGCUUGUGGCAGUUCCAGCAGUUUUAGCACAAUGUUACAAACUUAGCCAGAAUUAGGCCUGAACUGUUUUAUUUACCCUACUGACCUAAGAAACUUGCAGGAAAUUGAGGUGAUGAUUACCAUACAUACUUUGAGCUAGGAGCUAAACCAGACUUUGACCAAGAGGUUUGCUAAUACUCAGACCCUUGCAUGUUGUACUUCAACACUGUUGCGCUGGGGUGAUGUAGGAAGCCAGUUUGCAUUAAAUAAUGUUAUACAUCUGUAUGUGGUGUCUGCAAAACACUUCACUGACUACUGGCAUGAUAAUGAACAAAACUUAAUUCUGACAUUUCUGAGGACGCGUGGAACGGCGUGCUUACAGCUCCGUUGGCAGAGGUUUGCAGAAACAAAAUCCCUUCUCACCACUUCUGGUGUCUUACUAGUGAAGAUAGCAGCAUUUUAGAGUCCUCAGUUGUUCUUAGUUGUGAAGUCCAAUAACCAGAUAAUGCCAGUGAAAGUGACACUGCUGCAGGGUUACGUUUUGCUUUUCUGUAAAUGCUGUUGUGAAGCUGUGCUCCCCAAAAGUAAGAAUCCAGGUUCACAGUGAGUGCAGAGGACUGACUGACCUGCUGAGGAGUUUUGGUAUCGUGUCUCACAUAUUAAGGAACAAAAGUUCAGCUGUUUCUCUAAUAUUGCUUUACUGGUGUAACUGUCAGUCCUGUCAAACUAACUGUGCUGGUAGAGCGGGACUGAAAGCUUCAGUCAUAUCACAGCAAAUUGUUGCAUUUUUAAUUUGGGUGAUGGAAAUAUCUGUGCCAGGGCUUACUAGAUCCAUAUCUUGUUAAGUGAAUAGGUAAAUGUACAUCGACUUCUUCUGUUGACAGCUUAGUCUUUAUUAGCUUGAUUUGCAGUUCUCAUUGUAGCUUAACAGCCUUUUCAGUGUAACAGAAUGGAAAGUUACUACUUUUCUCAGCUUUUCCCAGUUGAAGUUGGGCUUUGAUGAUCCUUACAGGUCCCUUCCAACUCAAAUGAUUCUAUGAUUCUACGAUUCAGCUGUAUGCCUUAAUUGUAUCCAUAUUGUAAUAUCACAUCGAUAUGCUAUGGCUGUCAUACAAUUCUGUGUCACCAAAUCGGUGUUAGAGAAUACCCUGAAGUGCCUCAAGCAGGUUUCCCUUAACUGUGUUGGAAAGCAUGCUUUAGUUAUCACUGCAUCAGACUUCUAAAUUGAGAACUUUUAAAAGCGUUUUUUGGAGUGCUUCCAACUCGAGCACAGGUUUCAGAUGGGCACGUUGGAGGCUGUAGACUGCUAUGCAGACCAGAAAAUGACUUUUCUCUAGCUUACAGCAGUGCUGUCACAGCUGGGAUUCGGCCUUCCAGCUCUGGGUACCAGACUCUGGUUUUCCUCUGGACUUCAUAGUGGAUGUGAAACUAUAGCUGGUACAUCUGUAAAUGUGGUGCUGUAUUAAUGGCUGUCUACUUUUGGUGCACAGGAGCAUUAUCUGCCUAAGCAAAUCAACAGAUCUCUCAGCGAGGCUGAUGUUGUCCUACUAAAUUACUGCCCGUUUCUUUUUGGAUGAUGCCAAUCCUGCCGUUGUCCUGACUGAAAGCCGCCUUGCAGCGCCCAUGGGUGCAUGCAGCAGGUGUAGCUGGCAGACAGUAGCAGACAGCACAAAGCAGUGUGUGACUGCAGCUUCAGAGACUUGAGCAAAUUGGUCAGAGAUACAGUUAGUUAUUAGUUUUAAAUCUUUAAAAUCUGUCCUGCGUAUAGAAAAGCGUAACUUGUGUGCUGUAGUGUGAGUCCAUAACGGUGUUUCUGGAAAAGCAAAGUAUUACUGCCAGGGCUAUUUCCUCCUGCUGGUAACUUACUGUCUUGUGUCAAUGACAAGUCUGUAGUGUACAACCAUAUAGGAUUACCAAAGCUUUUCUAUUCCCAUAGACAGAGUCACAAGUGACAGUCCAUGGGUUAGUACUGCUACUUGUGGGCACGCAUAUAUCCACCAGGUACUGGUACACAGUGACAGACACUUCCAUAUUUAAAAGAUUGGUGUUAGAUGCUGCUUUGGUGUGCAAAAUUCACGCACCGUUAAAAUCAAGGGUUUGGUGUGGUGGGUUUUUUUUUUCCUUUUUUCUUUUUAAACUCUUUUUAAAUUAAUCAUAUUGUUGUUAUUCUGAAAGAAAUGGAUGAGAGGGGUGACUAAACCUGCAGGCUGUGACCUGCACUGCUGUGUGCCACAGCAUCUCUGAGCUGCUGGGAAGCAGCCUUACAUGAGAUCCAGAUGUCACCCACAGCCACAUGGGUGCGGGGGCAGAACUGCCACCAAGCUGGCUUCUAAAUCAAUACUCUUGAUCAGGAACAAAGCAACUCCUUUCUCUUUUUAUUUUCCCCACUUGGCCUUCCUAAUUGGCGUGACUUAACACUGCUGCGUGGUGGCCACUGAAAGCUCCCAAGGAGGCUUUGAGCCAACCUGCAGCUUGUGCGCCCGGCCCGUGCCUCAUCCUGCAGCUGCAGUGAGGAGCCGUGCUGUGCAGGGCUGCAGCUCCAGGGCAGGGCUGUGCAGGGCCCUGCUGCCCGGGGGUGGCAGUGCAUGGGUUUGGUCUGUCAGAGGUACAUCGUGUACUCUGGGGGCAGGCAGAAUGGAGGAGGUCACAUUUCUCAUGUUCCAAAGGAGCAGUGCUAGCAGUCUCGCUUUGGCUAGACCUUAGGUUUUUGUGAACUUACCUUAAAGGGAGAGGAACUGGAUUAAUAUACAUGAAAAUUGUAUCUCAUGGUUCAGUCCUUGCUCUGAGUCCAGUGAUGAGGAGUGGAGGUCAGGGCCCCUGUCGGAAGAUACGAGGACACUUCACUCCAAAGUGGAUACUCCCAGGAAACACUUCAGAGGUUUCUCUUACUCCAAUCACAGCCCAUCCUUUUCCUGAAAGGUUAUCCCACGUGGGUUUAAAAACGAGGGUUAUGUUUUGGCUGCUGAGCAGGCGGUAGGCUGUCAGUUCCCAGUGUUGGUUUCUCAUCCUACCAGCUUACAGUUGGUAUCAGCCCUCCAGUCCCACAGUCCAUUACAGCCUCACCUCUGUCAUCUCAGCCCUCCCGCAGUCAUACGAUGGAGAAUCACUGUAAAUACAUGGAGGAGACGUAGAUCAGUCGGAACGUAGACUUUGUUUUCAUGAAGCUAUGAAUAAAACUUUGUAAAUUUCUCUUGUACAUUUUUACGUAGCCAUUAAAUUCUCUAUUUAAUCUA